AUGGCAUCGUCGCUACCCUCACACAGUCCAGUUUCACAAGAAUCCCAAGAAGACUCACAGGAUUCACAAGAAUCUCAGUUUGAUUCUCAGGAAUCUCAAUUCGACUCACAAGAAUCUCAGGUCGAUUCCCAAGAAUCAGCGGCCGAAGAUCUUGAGGGAAUGCCCGGUUCCACGGAAGAAGAGACUUCAGAAGCCUCGGUGGACGAAAAUGAGGAUUCAAGAGAGCUGAUGUCGGAAGGCCGAGAUACAUCCGGAUCGUCGCGCGAUGCUGAAGCUUCAACAUCGCGUGGAACGACUUCAGAAGGCGAAUCACGGCGAAAGAAGAAGCGACGGCCAAUGAAACGUCAAGAACAUGUUGAAUAUGAUGAUGAGCAAAUGGAGGAUUCCUUGCCUUUCAAGAAGCCCAAGGUGAAGAAGAGCUUAUGA